CGCAAAUGUGUUACGCUUUGACAAAACUAGAAUUUUACUUGUAAUGUUUUUGUGUACCUAGUGCAUUAUCAUUUAUUCAUGAAGUUAGUUUGAAAGUGUUUAAUGAGUUAUGGUAUCAAGUUUCGGUGCGUUGACCAGUGUUAAAAAGAGCUGGAAAACUAGGUUUGCAGAUUUCUCUUUCUUCGAUUGUUAUUGGUUUUCCGUGUAAGCCAAUAUGGAUUUCAGCUGGUGUCUUUCAAUAAUUCCAAACCAAUGAAAAAAGGGAUUUUAUCUGGAAAUAUUACCAUCCGGUGAUGAAGUUAGAUCCAAGAUGGGCAUUGCAGCAAACACACAAACAUACAAAAGAAGUCGGACGGGAUGGAGGUUCCCAAAAACAUUAACAAUUCUAUUGUACAUAACAUUAUUUGUUAUAGAAAGCAAAUGCCAGAACAGUCAGACCAAAAUAGAUAAUUUAGAAAUAAUAGAUAAACAAUGCCAUAGUUGUCACAAUAGUAAUAACAUUGAUAAUAGUAAAAGGAAAGAAAAUAGCAAAAACAAAUCAAACAACGAAGAGGAAUCAUUCGUAGAAGAACUAAUGGUAACAGUAGGAACAUUUACUAAAGAUUACCUUCUAGCAAAUAAGACAGAAGAGCAACUUGGGCAUGAGAUAGAAAUCUUACUAGACGACGCCCUAAGCAAAGAUAGAUAUGAAAUUUUUGACGGAGUUGAAAUUAAAUCUAUUAAAACAAACAAUUUUGAAAUUAAAGCGGAUGCAGUUGAAGGCAGAUCAUUGUUUCCUAAGUACACUUACGAAUACAGAUUGUAUCAGAAGAUAAAGACAUUUAUAGAUACGCAUGUAUUAUCAAUAAAUCUACCAAAGGCUGCAAGAUUGGUUGGAUUUAGAUCAUUCGGCCUGAAAAAACUCUUCUUCCCACUAUUGAUCGGAGCGCAAAUAUUCAAGAGUGUCCUUCUGGCUAUGUUCCUACCAAGCAUUUUGGGAAGCUUUGGCAAGAUUCUUGGGAAAGGCAUAUCUCAACUUUCUGCAUCAUCAAGUCAAGCCAGCUACCCACCAGCCAACACCUACGGCACCGAAGAACAAGGCUACGCGACGGACCAGAAAGAUUUUAUGGGAUACGAGUCCAGCCCUACUGGUACUUAUGCGUACCCUCAAGACGAAUACGGGAAUGAUGUCAACGACCUUUCUAAUGUAGAUAUGUCCAGAUUUGGCGAUCAGAAAGUAGCUUUCAUUCCAACGAAGAACAACUAUUACAAGAACCAGAUGGCCACUGCUGCUACAAAUUACAAGGUAUUCCAGAAGAUUCCAGCAUCUUCGAUGAUUCUGAGCAACUACGAUCCGUUCUACUCACCUCUCUUAUCUAGAUUGGAUGGCAUAUUCGCCAGACUUGGGUUAACCCCAUCGGAGAACGGAAUCGAAGAGAGCAACGGCAUGAACAUUGGCGGUCAGAGCCUCAGCGACGUGAAAUUAGAAGCAUGUAGAGAACAGCUGAUCUGCCUUAUGUACUCCAGUCCUGCGAAGUACGCGCCGUACAGUAAUUUGGUGUCGGCGCAACUGAGCCGUGAACUAAACGAACUACGGCGACCAGUCUCCGACAAUCCAGAAAUUCUACGGUUCUUCCGCUACAUGCGAGCAGCCCGGAGAGGUCAAGAAGGCGCGGAUUGUAUGCGAUUGUUUUCUGGUUGCACGUCCAAUGCAGCACCUGCACAUACUAUGAUUGCCGCUUACCAUGACAUUAAUAAGCUUGUCACAGCGAGAAAAUUCCGUAAUUAGAGAUAUAUCGACAAAAUACUAAUUAAUUUACGAAGACAUCGAAUCAACGAGGAAAAUCAAUUGACUGAGCGUCUUUUCGAAUUUACGAACGCAUUUAAAGCAAGUUUUUAUGAUCGGUUUUUGACCUAAUGCUGUAGAUAUACCUACUGUCAACGUAUUCUAUUGUAAUAAUAAUCUUUAUUUAUUUCGGACUCUGGGAUCUAUAAAUUGAACCAUGUAUCAUAUAAUUUAUAUCGGCACGUGGCAUUUCUACGCCGACUUAUUUGUGUUUUUAUAGGCUGUUUGAUAAACUAAUGGCAUAGUAUAAUAAUAAGACAAGUAUGCUAACUCCAUACAAACGUAGCAGUGCGACUUGUAAAUAUCGCGAUGCACUCGCUUUGCAUACACAUCGUCACACACGCCAUUAAUUAUAGAAUUGAAGCCAUUGGUUCAUGAUUUAAAAAAUAACAUCUUAGACGUGUUCAUUGAUUGUGGUAAUUUGAACAAUAGUGCCUCAAAUUUAGAAUUGUUCGGCAUUUCAAUUUUAUUUCAUUUUUUUAUAAUAUCAAAUGACGGGACGAACAAUCGUGCGCCUGGCGGUAAGCUCCACGCCUGUCCAUAGCAGUUGCAAUGCCGUUCAGAGCUUUUAAACGC